GAGGGCAAUGCUGGAUGCAGCAGAGUCAAAGGCGAAGAAAGAGGAGGAGUGUAAGUGAGUAGAUAGAUGGGUGGUGGUGGAACACUCGUGGAAGGGAUUCGUCGCUUGUUUCAAAGACGCGCUUCUGCUACUAAGGACGACCAUAUCCACAACAACAAUGCCAAUAAUAGCCGCGUCUCUGUGAGAGAUUUACGCGCACAAUUGGCCUCUAUUCCCAAUCACGAUCACCAAACACCCAUUCACCAACACUUUGAUAUCUCUCCCUUGAAGCCCAUCAAAGUCCCUACACUUACCCUCUUCAAACCUCCUUCUUCCAUGGAUCCUCACAAAAAGGGUGAGUCAGAGUUUUUUACUGAGUAUGGAGAGGCUAGUCAAUACCAGAUCCAAGAAGUUGUUGGAAAAGGAAGUUACGGUGUUGUGGGUUCUGCCAUUGACACUCAUACUGGUGAAAAGGUUGCAAUCAAGAAAAUUAAUGAUGUUUUUGAACAUGUAUCAGAUGCCACACGGAUCCUAAGAGAAAUUAAACUCUUGCGGUUGCUCCGACAUCCUGAUAUUGUAGAAAUUAAGCAUAUUAUGCUUCCUCCUUCACGGCGAGAGUUCAAGGAUAUCUAUGUUGUGUUUGAGUUGAUGGAAUCUGACCUCCAUCAAGUAAUUAAGGCAAAUGAUGAUCUUACUCCUGAGCACCACCAAUUUUUCUUGUAUCAACUUCUUCGGGGCCUGAAAUAUAUACAUACAGCAAAUGUGUUUCAUCGUGAUUUGAAGCCAAAAAAUAUUCUUGCUAACGCUGAUUGCAAACUAAAGAUAUGUGAUUUUGGGCUUGCUCGAGUUUCAUUCAAUGAUGCUCCAUCAGCUAUAUUCUGGACUGACUAUGUUGCAACUCGGUGGUACCGUGCACCUGAACUAUGUGGUUCUUUUUUUUCAAAAUAUACCCCCGGAAUUGAUAUUUGGAGCAUUGGAUGCAUAUUUGCAGAAAUGCUCACUGGGAAGCCGUUGUUUCCCGGAAAAAAUGUGGUGCAUCAAUUGGAUCUCAUGACUGAAUUGCUUGGUACUCCUCCUCCCGAGUCCAUUGCAAGGAUUCGAAAUGAGAAAGCUAGAAGGUACCUAAGUAGCAUGCGAAAAAAGCAACCAGUUCCAUUCUCCCAAAAAUUUCCAAAUGCAGAUCCGUUGGCUCUUCAUUUACUGGAGCGCCUACUUGCAUUUGAUCCUAAAGACCGUCCAACAGCUGAAGAGGCAUUAGCUGAUCCUUACUUCCAUGGUUUGUCAAACAUGGAUCGUGAACCAUCCACUCAACCCAUUUCAAAACUUGAGUUUGAGUUUGAGAGAAGGAAAUUGACCAAAGAUGAUGUUAGAGAGUUGAUUUAUCGAGAGAUUUUGGAGUAUCAUCCCCAGAUGCUCCAGGAAUAUCUUCGUGGUGGAGAUCAAACCAGCUUCAUGUACCCAAGUGGGGUUGAUCGGUUCAAGCGACAGUUUGCACAUCUCGAGGAGCAUUAUGGCAAAGGUGAACGAAGCACUCCAUUGCAGAGACAGCAUGCCUCCUUACCUAGAGAGCGAGUUUGCGCUUCCAAGGAUGAAAAUAAUCAAAAUAACGAUCCUGAAAGGCCAACUGUAUUAAAUCUUUCAAGUCCUCCGGGUUCUGAUGGGACAGAUGCUGGAAACUCAGAUGUUCAAAAUGGACCCUCCAAGCCAAACUACAGCGCGCGUAGCUUGUUGAAGAGUGCCAGCAUUAGUGCUUCAAAAUGUAUUGGUGUGAAACAAAGUAAAGAUCCAGAGGAAAAAGAUGCAGUUCGUUGUUGUUUUGGUCUGUCUGGCUUAUUUCAUGUUGUGAGGAGCCAAUUACUGAGGUCAAUGAAGAGACAGUGGAUGGAUUGACACAGAAGGUUGCUUCCCUCCAUGCUUAGUUCAAGCCUGAUUCAUAUUGAUCUAACUUCCAUGCUCUGGUCCUUUACACAAAGAGAAAGAGGUGGUGCCGUGGUGGCUUGAAGCUUUGCAUAGAAAUCCUCCCUGUUGUUUGUGCUAGAGGCUAACUUUAGGACUCUAUCUAGCAAUUUUUUAUUUUUAAUUUUGAAUUUCAGCAGUAAGUUUUGUAAUUAAGUAUUUAUUUGUGUGUGGAAACGCAAUGUAUACUAUUCAUAUUUAUUAUGAAAACAAGAAGGAUGAAUGGUUCUAGUUA